AUUUUAGUUUAGAAGAUAGAGCCGAAGUUCAAGCACUUUCCUUGAACGACUCUCCUCCUCAGGUGACUGCACAGCGACCACCUGACGCGCUAACCCCGGAGAGCAGAGUGAGGAUCUCAGCCAAAUGUGUUCAAACUGAAAUUCUCUCCUAAGUUUGACACAUUUUAACAAAGGCGAAUGAAUGAUUGAUGAUUGAUGAAGCGGCCACGUGUCCGGCGGUGGUAUUGUUGCCCCUUCAGUUGUCAUGGUUGUGUUGUCCAGGUGCUGCCUGUGUGAUUGGUGCGAAGGAGGCGUCUCCGGGCAACGCUGCUGGUGUUUGUGACGGAGCGACUGGAACGCACCGAAGAGAAGCCGGCGGCCGCUUCAUGGAGUCGGGCUGUGAGGGCUGAGCUAACAACCCGGGCCCGUUGGGUAAGCAUCGCCUUGCAAUCUGAUGUUUGAAUCUACUCCAGGGCGGGUCAGUGAUAGCCACUUUUAUUUUCUUCUUCUUGUCUCCGACCGACAAAUGACACGAUCAGCACUUUCCAGUGCUGUAGAAAAAUGGUUUAAAACUUCAGAUAUUAAAACAAUUCCCACGGGCCUUCCCAUAUCCGAGUAUGAAGUAGAAAAAAGUCAGGUCCUCAGCAGGCUGGAACAAGAAAGCAAAGAGGAAAUAUGCAGCCUGACCUGCUGAGCGCAGCAUUUUGUUUCUAACUGAGAAUAUUGGAAGAAUAAUUUUGAGUUCACAAAGGCAAAAAUGGCAACUCUGAGUUUAAAGUCAGCUCAGCGAUACACAGUUCCUGACUGGUUCGCCAACAAUAACCAGAUCUCAUCCAAUUCGGAAAGACAGCGUUAUAUGUCCCAUCAGAUCCGGCAGGAAGGUAGAAGCCUGCGAAAUGAAACCAACAAUCAGACAAAAUGGGAUCAAGAAGAUAACAGCACUAGGCUCGCUGAGCGAAUGGAUGAGGUGGACCGAUGGAAAGAACUUUUGGAGAUAGCUCUUUGCGACAUUAAUGCUGAGAUAGAUGCUUUAAGCAAAAGUAAGGAAGAAGCAGAGCGUGCUUUAGAAGCCAAGAAUCUAAAUCUGGAUGUUGCCAUUGAAUCUCUAACUCUACGGGAAGGUCGGAAGGACAUUGAUCUUGUGACAGACCAAGUGCACGAACAGCUUCUUAAGGAAGUUGAGGUGAUUGAUGGUUCGAAGGAAGCUCUUCAGCAGAAAAUCAGUGAAGCCCAUGAACAACUCUGCUUGUUGAUAGAAGCACGUCAGCAGCUGAUCUUUGACGUCAAGAAUAAAAAGGAAGCUUUGGAUAUUGACGGAGUUGCUCUAUCUCUCAACAAUAAUUCCACAAAUAUUUCACUUAAACCAAACCCAUUGCGCAUCCCUCCUGGGUCCACCACUAUCCAGCAAUGGGAUAUGUUCAGUCGUUACAACAAGGAUCGCGCAGAAGCAGAGAUGAAUGCUUCAACUAAUCUUCGUGAAGCGAUUGCAGCCACCAUUAAAUAUACUGAUAAUGAAGUGGAGGCACAGCGAGUUGCCACUGACUUUGCCUUCAGGAAGAGAAUUCAUGAAUUUGAACAAGCCCUUAGUGAAUUAAAAUGGCAGGAGAAAAAUCUCUUGGAGGAAAUUGCAGAUCUUGAAGAGGACAUUCGACGUCUUGAAGCAGAUCUUCGAGCUAAGCUUGCUCCUUUGAAGGUGGCUCACACAAGACUUGAAGCUCGUACCUACAGACCCAAUGUUGAUCUCACCAGAGAUGAAGCGCAGUAUGGACUGAUAGAUGAGGUACACCAGUUGGAGGGGACCAUUGCUGCCCUCAAACAGAAACUUGCACAAUCUCAGGAUGCUUUGACUGCUCUCUACAAACAGCUGGCACGAGUGCAAGAAGACAUCGCCUUGAAGACCCAUUCACUCUGCCUUGAUACCAGGAGCAUGGAUAUAAGACGAAAACUCACAACUCCACCUGAGAAAUAUGUGUCAAAGAUGGAUAGUUUCACCCGUACACCCAACCGGCAACUUUCAGAUAUUAAAUGCAGACAACUUGAUUUAUUAUGAUCACAUUGAAUCUAGUACAAAAAGGAGAAUAUCCCUGUGUAAUGUAAUGAUGUUUCUCUUGCAAUGAUAAGUAUGAAUUACACAUGCUGUAAUCACCCAAGGAAAUAAAUAAAAAUGCCUAAUCUCUCAGUA